GAGGGUCAGGAGCUGAUCGAUGAGAAGCCGGAGCUGCGCUCGGUGGUGCAGCAGAAGCUGGAGGAGAUCAGGGAGUGCUGGACGGACCUGGAGAGCACCACCAAGGCCAAGGCCCAAGCUCUGUUUGAGAACAACAAGCCAGAGCCGGUGGUGAAGAGCUACUCAGACCUGGACCACCAGCUCUCUGGCCUGGAGAAACAGCCCCCCCAGCUGGAGCAGGCUCACCACCUGCCCACCUUCAACGAGCAGCUGCAUAAAUUCCAGGUGUCUAUUUACUGUUAUAGGUUGUUUUUUAUGUUUUUUGUUUUAAGGCAGUUAUUUUGUGACAAAGACUGUGCUUUGGACAACUGAUAUCAGAACUUGGUGAUAGACAACAUUUAAGAGUGUAACACAACACUAAAUGUUCAAUGAAUUUAUGUAAUCUUUCCAAUCCAUGCUACUGUCUGCUAAUGCUAUAGAAGCCGUUGUUGGGAUUUUUCUGUGCCAAGUUCCCUGCCCACCAGCCACUAGGCUGGUUGACAUUAAAGAAUGCACCGUAUGCUUUGUUCUUAAAGCCGUCUAACCCAUUACAUAACAUUGAAACACAACACACACAUAAGAAAAUAGCUGAAAUUGCUGUUCAAACCCAUGUGCUGUGUGUUUGGGGCAUCAGUCUCUCAUCAUCUAUCUCUAACGUGACCUUUCCUUCCCUCGGGCUGGCCUUCCUCAGUCUCAGAUGGGGGACUUGUACAAGGACGUGGGGGAACUAGGAUCCCUCCAGGGGGUGUGCCUCCCCCAGCGAGGCAGCCUGGUGAAGGGCGGGGAAGGAGAAGGGAGCGAGCAGCCAGCUGUGGUGGAGACCCGCAUCGUGCGCCUCAUCGAGCCCCUGAAGGAGAGACGUCGCAUCCUGCUGGCCUCCAAGGAGAUGCAUCAGGUCGCCCAGGACCUGAAGGAAGAGAUAGUGAGUGACUGACACACUUCAUUACUCCAUGGUGCCUCCAGCCUUUCUUACCCUCUAUCUAUCCCUCUCUCCCUGGUAUAACUUCAUCUCUCCAUCUAUUCAGUUUGUUUUUAGCUUAUGGCCUCAUAAGGUCUCUAAUAUGUUUUUCUAAAUAUUUAUUAUGUUAUAUGGCCAAAGGUUUAAUAUGUCUCCCAUCCUUGAUCAAUUAAACCACCAGGCUCUCCUCUCAAUGAGAUAGGUAUGUACAGACAGUCACUGACGACAAUUUGCUGAUGUUAUAGCUGUGGAUCCAGGACCGGCUUCCUCUGGCUUCCUCUAAGGAUUACGGCAACAACCUGCAGAGUGUUCAGCAGCAUGUCAAGAUCAACCAGGUGAGAGACAGAUGACCUCUAUACAAGCACACAACACUAUCUCCUCACAGCACAGUAUCAAGCACUAUCCCUGCUCAGCUCAGACCUUCUUCCAGCUGAACAUGACCCCUGUCUCUUAUUGGUCCGUCAGACGCUGCAGAGGGAUCUGCAGGGGCGCCGGGCGCAGGUGGAGGAGGUGUUGGACCGGGCAGGGAUCAUCGCCUCUCUGCGGACCCCCGAGGUGGACUUUGUGCGUGAGGGGGCGGUGCACGUGCGUCAGCUUUGGGAGGUGCUGAGGCUGGAGGCGGAGAGGAGGUCUGUGAUGCUGGAUGUGGUGUUGCAGGCCCAGCAGUAUUACAGCGAGGCGGCCAAGGUCGAGUCCUGGCUGGCAGGCCAGAAACUGCACCUCAUCAGCGAGGAGAAGGGUAUGGUACGUAUGGCUGGCAUGGUAUCAUGAUACUGAACUGGCAAGGGUGGGCAUGAGACUGGCCGGUUGGUUAGUGCACAGUGCUCCAGGAGGACUUUUACUAUCAUUUGUCUACUGUGCCUGUUCUUUUACAAACAAUUAACAUCUGGGUGAAGGUUUGUUUGUAAAAUGUAUAUAUCUGUGAACAAGGAUUUGGUCCCUAAUAUGAGGUCCCUCUUGUGUAGGACGAGGCGAGCACCCUGCAGCUGCUGAAGGAACACCUGGCCUUGGAAGCGACGGUGGAGAACUACGCUGAAACAGUGGGCAUGCUCUCCCAGCAGUGUCAGAGGCAGCUGGAACUGGCACAUCCAGACAGGCACGGGCAGACACACUGACAGUCACACUCAGGCUCAGACUAGAUCUAAACACAUCCUUCAAUGAUACACACAAACAACGGCUAAUUUAUUAGUGGAAUUUGACCAUAGAGCAAAUAAAAUUGUCUCAGUUUGUAUAGGCUACAAAAUGUCAGUGAAUGAUCAGUUCUCUUACUGUCUACUGUGUAAAUAACACUCUCAAUAUCCCCUCUCUCUGUGGCAGUGAGGGGAUCACCAAGCAGCAGUCCCACAUAGACCGUCUGUACGUGUCUCUGAAGGACAUGGUGGAGCACAGGAAGACUAAGCUGGAGCAGCAGUACUGGAUGUACCAGCUCAACAGAGAGGUGGAGGAGUUAGAGAAGUGGAUCACUGAGCGGGAGGCUGUUGCCAGCUCCACUGAGCUGGGCCAAGACCUGGAGCAUGUCACGGUCAGUUUGUCAAUCAAUCAAUCAGGCAAUCAAUCAUUCAAUCAAUGAAUUGAUGAUUAAUGUUCGCAAUCAGUCCCAAGUGCACCAUAAAAACAUAACAGAAUGAGACAAAACAAAAUGCAAUAAAAAUAGCGUCAAUGAAAUGGAAAUGUGACAUAUGAUACAUGCCCUCUAUAACUUUGGUCCCAAACUUAUUCUGGUCUCUCUCUCUCACACAGAUGCUACAGGAAAAAUUCACCAAGUUCUGCUCAGAGACCAACAGCAUAGGCCAGCAGAGGAUGGAGCAGGUGAAUAAGAUGGUGAAUGAGAUGAUAGACUGCGGCCACACGGACGCGGCCACCAUCGCUGAGUGGAAGGACGGACUGAACGAGUCAUGGGCCGACCUACUGGAGCUCAUGGAGACCCGAGGACAGAUGCUGACAGCAUCACACCAGCUGCACAAGUUCUUCACCGACUGCAAAGAGGUACAGCUCAGUGUUUCCCCAAGAUUAUUUUCUCGGCGGGGCACAAAGGCCCCCAAAUCAACAUCAAGGUCCUCUUUAACCAAAAUGUUUAAUUGAAACCGAUUGACCCCAAAGAAAUGUAGGCAGAGGGAAACAGAGCUAGGCAGAGAGGCCUGACCUGCCUGUACAAUGGUGAAAUCAACCCUAGGACGGCUUGGCUGGAUUUAUAUUAGAUAACAUCAGACAGCAUAAUGUUUGGAGGUGCUGGUAGACCAUAGACACUGUAGACACUGUAGUCUUGCCAUUAUCCUGAUGUGUGAGGUACUAUUUCUGACUGUCUUGUGAUGAUGACGAUGCUGUCUGUCCUAUGCUGUAGGUCUUGAUUCAGAUUGCCGGAAAGAUGAGGCAACUGCCAGAGGUGAGGGCGUGCCAAGCCAGCAUCGCCAACCCUGCCACCCUGCAGAGGCUCAUGCGCUCCUUUGAGCACGCCCUCCAGCUGCUUGUCUCACAGGUGAGUGUAAAUUCCUUUAUGACCUUGAGGAACACCAAUGCUCUCUGGGUCUCCUCUAACACCCAUCAGUCAAAUAAGUCAUUCUCCUGGAGGGCAUAAGAAUGUUACAGAUGUUAACCCCAAGAUACACAGUGGAGCAGUAAACAGAAUACAAUUAUGGACACAGUAGCAAAGAUGAAAGAUACCGUAUGACUGGUGUCAUACUUUUGCCUCAACCUUAGCUAGCACACCUGAUUAACCUGGUUGUCAACUAAACUGAAGACCAACCAUGAUUAGAUGAUGAUUUGAGAUGACAGAGGCAUGUCCUGUUUGGUAUUCCAGGUAAGGCAGCUGCAGGAGAACGCGGCCCAGCUGAGGACCAUCUACGCCGGGGAGAAGGCCGAGGCCAUCAUGAGCAAGGAACAGGAAGUGAUGUCAGCAUGGAAGGAGUUGCUGGUUUCCUGUGAAGCCAGUUGCGUGCAGGUCACCUCGGUGACAGACAAGGUGCAGUUCUUCUCAGUGGUGCGUGAGCAUCUCAUGUGGAUGGAAGGCAUCAUGGGACAGAUUGGAGGGGACGACCCCAGGUAAGUAAUGGAAGGUCUCCUUACCUGAACUAAAGGCUAAUUGUCGGCCAUUUUGUUAAUCUCAUACCUCUAAUGCUUGACUUGAGAAAUAGGCUCUGCUUAAUGUACAGAUAAAAAACGAAAUGUAUCUGUAAUGUAUAUGUAAUCUUCUAUUUUAGUUACCAAUUCAGGCACCCCUAGUUGAGCUAAUUCCUUCUUGGCUUGCACAUACUGUAGAGUGUAGAUGGUCCCAUUCAUGUUAUGCAAUAAAGCUCUCUUUACUGCCUAGUUUAAAAAUAAAACGCUUAGCCACCUUGACCUAAAUGUAUUCUGCCAUUCAGUUUAAUUUGUUUGAGGGAAAUGAGGGAAAUAGAUUGGAGUUUUUUGUCUUCAGUAUUUAAGUAGUCCUGAUUCAUCUUUUUAAUUCACAUCACUCAUUAACUCUACUUUCUUCAGCUGGUUUCGCAGUACACUAACCAAGCACUUGGCUAACAUUUUACACAUACCCUUCAUAUACUACUGAACUGAGCCGAGCCAGCCUGUACUUCGCUGGCAUAUUACAGUAUGUAUCCACCAUAUAGUUGCUAGACCCAUGCUGGAAAGGACAACUUGAAAAUAAAAUAUCCAAGCCAGCACAAUACAGUAUGGUUCAGAUCGGAACGAUAUAGUGUGAAAAUGGUAAUAGGUCCCUCUCUUCACUUUACAUGGUGUGCUUCCCUCCUAUCUGACCUGGUCCUAUGGGGUGGCUUCCGCCAGGGAUUCGUCCUCUGCGGAGGUGAUGAUGAAACAGCACGGUGAGCUGAAAGCCAAGAUGGACGGCCGCAGUAAGAUCCUACAACAGUGUGUGGAGCUGGGAAAGAUCCUGUUGGCCGCAGGCAACCCAGCAGCUGAGGAGGUCAGCAUCACACACAACACAACACAACACAACACAACACACUGUAUGUAGCAAAACCACACAGCCUCACAAACAACACAACACACUGUAUGCAGAAAAAACACACUACCCACUGGGCAAAAACUGGUUGAAUCAACGUUGUUUCCACAUCAUAUCAACCCCAAAAAUGUAUGUGAUGACGUGGAAAACUCAUUGGAUUUGCAAAUAAAUAAAUAAAUAAAAUUCGUCUUUUGUUGAUUUCACGUUGAAUUCACAAUAUUUGACAACUCAACCAAAUGUAAAUAAAAACUAGACAUUGAAUUGACAUCUGUGCCCAGUGGGUACACAACACACUAUGCAGCAAAACCACAUUUCACUCAUGCUGUGUUAUUGUAAAUAAAAAGAACAAUAGAUUGUAUUUGUGUGUCUUCAAUGAUGUGCGUAAGGAGGUGUAUCACUUAACCUCACAUGAUGAUGAAUAAAAUUCCCUGUCAAAUAUUUUGGUACAUUGUCGUUGAGUACAUUUCUUGUAAUUUGGUACGUUUGGUACAUUUCUUGUAAUCUUGAAUGUUCCCCGUCUCUCUCUCUCUCUCUCUCUCUCUCUCUCUCUCUCUCUCUCUCUCUCUCUCGCGCGCGCGCUCUCUCCACAGAUAAAGGAGAAGUUGGACACACUCCUGGCUAAGCAGAAGGAUCUCUCUGAGAGAUGGGACAAACACCAGGAAAAGCUACAGCGCAGUGAGUGACUCACUACACUGUCAAGCACUGUGGAGGGAGCACAAACAGCUCUCAGGCAGCACUGCAGCAUUUAAAAUAUGGAAGGAUGGAAGGGCUCGUGCUCGAGAGAAAUACUGGUUUUAGAUCGUGCCUCAGCGCACGGCUUUCACUAUGAAUAUUUAUGUGUGUGUGUGUGUGUGGGCUUCAACAAUGGUUUCAACGUGACUAGACUAGACGACACAUUACAAAACAGUACCACAAUCAAAUAAAUCUGAUACAACAUCAACACAAGACCUAGCCCAGUGAUCAUCAACUAGAUUCAGCCGUGGAACAUAAUUACAAAUAAUAUUUAGACUGCAAAUUGGUCACAAUAAUCCCAAACAGAUAUAAUAUUUGACUUAAACAUAAUAAUUUCAAACCUUGCUUACAUUUGUAUACGAUCACGUGCCUCUCUAUUAUGUGUGGGAAUACUUGAGAACAGAAAUUCCUGUUGUUUUACAGUCUAUUAUGUUCCCAAAAUUAUUAUUUUUUGCUCAGAAAACUUGAGGGGCCAAAUAAAACCACUGGCCCACGGGGCCGCCAGUUGGGGAACCCUGACCUAGCCCUAGAGUUGAGAUAAUUGGCUGCAACUUUCAUGUAAAUCAUUAAUUGAUGUCAGUGGGAGACAAAUUCAUACCCAUUCAGCAUAAAUGUGUACAGUAUAUGAGCUUUGGUUAAUGUUCAAAGACUUUGUUAUAAUAAGAACUAUUGAAUUGACCAUGCCCAUCUCUUCUUCCUUGAGGGGCCAAAUAAAACCAUUGGCCCACGGGGCCGCCAGUUGGGGAACCCUGACCUAGCCCUAGAGUUGAGAUAAUUGGCUGCAACUUUCAUGUAAAUCAUUAAUUGAUGUCAGUGGGAGACAAAUUCAUACCCAUUCAGCAUAAAUGUGUACAGUAUAUGAGCUUUGGUUAAUGUUCAAAGACUUUGUUAUAAUAAGAACUAUUGAAUUGACCAUGCCCAUCUCUUCUUCCUUUCUACAGAGAAAGAUCAGUUCCAGUAUGCUCAGGAGACGGUGAAGGCGGAGGCCUGGCUGAAGGCCAAGGAGCCCCUGAUCAACUCCAGCUCCACCUCCAGGGAGGCUGGGGGUGCUGGAGGAGAGGCCCAGGUCCAGACUGACGAGGUGGAGCAGCUCAUCCUCCGCCACGAGGCCUUCCGCAAGGCUGCAGCCACCUGGAAGGAGCGCUUCAGCUCACUGAGACAGCUCUCCAACGUAAGCUCUUCUUUAGAUAGAUACAGACAGUCUACUGUACUGUACCACUUGCUCGUCAUUGUUGGCACUGUCUGAUGACGAAGCAGAUUUACUUAAGUCUUUGCUUAUGUGUGUUGUCUAACAUACCUGUUAGGAUUUUGUUUUCUUUCUUAGCCAAAGGGUUUUAUUCAGACAUUUGAUUAAAUAGACAAGAAAGGUCUUUGCAGUACAGUUUGCCCAGUCUAGUUUGCCCACUCCAUACCUGCUAAUUGUUUCGCUGUUACAUUUUGGGUUACUCUUCACUUCAAUCUUGACUUUCAGGCAGAGAAGCUGAGAGAAGAACAGAGCAGCAAGCCUGCCCCAACACCACUCUCCAGUCGGAGGAUGUUCCCAUCGUCCUGUCUCACUCCGACCGUUCCCGUUGCUACCUCAACUCUGCUGAGGCAGAUGGUCCAGGUGCAUAUUGAGCCCAGGCCCAAGCAGACCAGUCUGGGGAUGGCUGCCUCUGCCUCUUCUGCAGUCCAGAGGUUGGGUUCUACCAUGGCCAGCUACACCCCUGUCAUGAAUGGCUCCGGUUACCAUGGACUGGACCAUCAGAGCAGCAGUGGGGGGUUGGAGAGUUCCAACUACCCUGGGCUAAACCAUCAGGCCGGUGGAGGUGUGGACAGCAGCUCCAGUUACCUUGGAGUGAACCAUCAGACUGCCCCCCCGCCAGUGGAUAGUUCUGGCUACCUUGGACUGAACCAUCAAAGUAGUGGGGGUAUGGUUAGUCCAGGUUACCUGCCGCAAAAUCAAAGCAGUGGGGGUAUGGGUAGUCCAGGCUACCUGCCGCAAAAUCAAAGUAGUGGGGGUAUGGGUAGUUCAGGCUACCUGCCGCAAAAUCAAAGUAGUGGGGGUAUGGGUAGCUCAGGCUACCUUGCGCAAAAUCUAAGUAGUGGGGGUAUGGGUAGUUCAGGCUACCUGGCUCAAAACCAUCAAAGUAGUGGGGGUAUGGGUAGUUCAGGCUACCUGGCUCAAAACCAAGGUAGUGGGGUUAUGGGUAGUUCAGGCUACCUGGCUCAAAACCAAGGUAGUGGGGUUAUGGGUAGUUCAGGCUACCUGGCUCAAAACCAAGGUAGUGGAGGUAUGGGUAGUUCUAGCUAUCUGCCUCAAAGCGGUGGGGUCAUGGACCCCAAAAUGGCGUAUGCGUGGCAGCAUCUGAAAGCCGACUGCAUGCAGCCCAGGAUCAACCACAUCCACAAGGCUGUCAACCCCCUCCUGGAGGCCAGCAGGGCACAGAGGGAACAGUUUGGGGACAUCCCCAUGGUGGACAUGAUCGGGCCAGAGUCUGGCCUGGAGCUCCUCCAUGGCAGGCUCCAAAGGGACCCCCGCGGCAGCCGCUCCGACCCCCAGAUGGACCACCUGCGGCGGGAGAGGGAGUACAAGCUGGGCCGGCAGACCUCCAGCGAACAGGAGAUCCAGGCACGGCUCAACGAGCUGCCAAUGAUUGUGCGUCAGGAGCGCUAUAGGCGACGCCUGGAGAGGCAGUCGUCCAGCGAGCAGGAGGGCAGCGGGAAGGCUAGGACACCGAAGCAGGACGACUCCAGCGACAUGGAGUCAGCCAAGGAAGGCUCUGACAAACGCUCAAUGUGAGUCCAGGACUGCCUGGUCAUAACCUCAGCAGUUCUUCACUAUGCUGUCUGUUUGUGGCAACUCAUUUCACAUGCUCAUUACAAAAACAGUUGUGUCUUGUCAGCAAUUUCCACCAUGAUCCAAAAGCUUUGAUUUGGAAGGUAUUGAUUAUAUUCCCUGUUUGGGUGACUCAUGGCAGAAACUGUCUCAUUGCAGAGAGAAGAGAGCCACCACCAUGGCUGAGAUUGUGGAGCAGGCCCAGGAGAGAGAGGCAGCACAAGUAAGUUAUUUCACAUGCAUUUAACAGUAUUUCCUAUUUUGAUACAUUUAUCUUGGGGCCAUUUUAUAUUUAGUUUUUGUAUAGUGAAGAUACAGUUUGUUAGGCCACACAGGCCGGCUUUCUGAAUGACACACCUCUCUCCUGUCUGUUCCAGGCUCGAGGGGAGACGUACCGCCCCACCAGCAGCCUCUCAGCACCCGUGACCUACGAGCGCCCGCGCGCCCGAGACCGCCCCAAACCCCGCAGGAGACCCCGCCCCAAAGAGCCUGAGGAGAAGCGGCGCUCUCGCUCGGCUCCGGCCCAGAGUCCGGCGCAACUCUUGCCGCCCUCACACACUGCCCAUAACGAAGGCUUCCUGUACCGCAAACACGACUUUGAGGGCCAGCAAAAGAGUCCCAGCAGGUGGGCUGUCCACUGACUCACAUUCACAAACACCACAUACCACACCACACACUUCACCACACCACACCCCACCCUACUACACACCACACACAUAGCACACCACACACCCCACCAUACCCCACACACCACACCCCACCAAACAACACACCCCACCACACACACCACAGAAUUAAACGGUUACUGUAGAUCACUAAGGGAUAUAUACAGUACUCUAUUGACAUACUAUGACACACAUAUCGAUACACUAUGAAUUCACCUUGGAAGAAAGGAGAAACACGCAUAUGUUGCAAAAUAAGCUGUUCUUGUUUUGCAGUAAGUCGUGGGUGAACUUGUAUUGCGUGUUGUCAAAGGGAGAGAUCAUUUUCUACAAGGACGCCAAGAGCACCACCACACCUUACAAUGAAGAAAGCCCACUCGACCUGAGCGUCUGUAUAUGUGAUAGCACCAUGGGAUACAAGAAGAAGAAAAAUGUCUUCGUUAUCAAGUAUGGCUUGAUGAAGAGGAUAUUUUUUUACUCCACCUUACUCCUUAUUUUAGCAUAUCAUUAUUUUCUUCACCUCAAAACUUUUGAAUAUCUUUAAAAUCCCUGACUAGAGGAUAGACUCUUGGUAAUUCCAUAACAAUGUCUCUCUCCUUUCUUCUCCAACAGGAAAAAUGAUGGCAAUGACUAUAUUUUCCAUGCAAAGGAUGAGGUGAGAAUGCCUGUGAUGAAAAUGAACAUGCUUAAUCUGUCUUAACAUCAAUUAUUUACUCCCAUUAGAGAGCUAGAUAGACCACCCCUCUGAGCAGAGUUCCUCUCUAAGUUUCUUCCUACAGUAGGUUCCUUCCUUCUAGGGAGUUUUUCCAGGCCACUGUGCUUUCGCUUCUGCUUUACUUGCUCUUUGGGGUUUAGGUCCGGGUAGCUGUAAAGCACUUUGUGACAACUGCUGAUGUAAAAAGGGCUUUACAAAAUAAAAUAAUUUUGAUUGAUUUAUUGAUUAAAUUACUGGUCUUGCUUCUUGGUUUUGUAGAAACCCUAAUAAUCCCAUGUCUCUGGGUGCACUUUUGCAGGAGGACCUGAAGGCUUGGGUCACUAACAUCACCACCAGUAUAACUGAACACGAGGAGAUCGCCAAGUGGGACAAACCCACCACCUCGUCCACAGAUCCCGACCGCUCGGAGAGGAAGGAGAAGUCAGAGGGUGACGCAGACGCCAGGUCAGAAAGGUCUGAGAUGGGAGGAGAGGUGGAGGAGGACGAGAGGUCUGACAAGGAUAGGUCUGAGAAGGGAGAGGGGUCCGAGAAGACAGGCGAGGGCUCAGAGAAGGCAGACACGUCGGAGAGGGGUGAGAGAGCAGAGGGAGGGGCAGGAGGCUCCAGCACGUCAGGGAAGAGCAAAUGA